AGUUCAAUAGGAUACCUUAAAGUUUCCAACUUUCGAGAACAAUCCACCCGGUCCAACCGGACUCCGACACAAUUCUUCUCUUACUUCCCACUCUUCCACGGUUCCACCUAACCCCACUCUCAAAAUCGCCCCUUUUGUUUCAAAUCCUUCUUCAGUGAAGUUUGAAUUUAUUGAAAAUAUUGAAAAUUCAGGUUUUCUUUUUCCUCUCGAAAAAAGCUAUAAUCUCUGGUAAUUGUUCAAUUAGAACCUAGUGUUUUUUGAGAGAACCUUAAUUAAGAGCAGGGUUUAGCAGUAUACGAGGAUGCAACAGCCACCACCUAUGAUUCCAGUCAUGCCCUCUUUUCCUCCUAACAAUAUCACCACUGAGCAGAUUCAAAAGGUGUCAGGAUUCAUGUGGUAAAAUGGGUUUUGUUAUGUGAUGCAGUACCUGGAUGAGAACAAGACACUGAUUUUGGCCAUAUUGGACAAUCAAAAUCUUGGGAAACUAGCUGAAUGUGCACAGUACCAGGCUAAACUUCAGAAGAACUUGAUGUACUUAGCCGCAAUUGCUGAUGCCCAACCACAAUCGCCAGCUAUUCCAACACAAAUGGCUCCUCAUCCUGCAAUGCAACAAGGUGGAUUUUUCAUGCAGCACCCUCAGGCUGCAGCCAUGAAUCAACAACAGGGUAUGUUUACGGCAAAGAUGCCACUGCAGUUUAACAACCCCCAGCAAAUGCAGGAUCAGCAGCAUCAACAACUGCAGCGACAGCAGCAAGGUAUUCCUCAACAAACGGGUAUGCAACUUGGAGGUCUCAACUCCACUCUUGGUGGUGCAAGUAAUGGUAGCCAGCUUUCAACUUCAGGCGCUGGGGAUGCACGUGGAGGAAACAAGCAAGACAACCCUGAUGCUGAGCCUUCGGGUGCUGACGGUCAAGCUAGCUCGGUGACUGGCCAAGGUUCGGAGGAACCCAAGUAAUGGACUUUUUAGUAAUGUCUGAUAUGUACACUAAGGGCAGUUGAUAGUAGGUUUAGAACUAGUGCUGUAUCUUAUGGUUUUCAUGAUGUGCUAUUAGAAAGAGGUUUGAUUUUAUCUUAAUCUUAGAACAGUUAGGUAGGUUGUGUUUUCCUGGAGAGUUUUCCUGUUUCUCUUUCGAGUUAACCUCUGUUUUAGUUAGAGGAAAAAGCUUUGUUUAGUUUCCGGUCCAGUGCCUGUAAUUCUGUAAUAACUUAGAAUAGAAAGCCUCUCUGAAUCAAUUAGACAUGGGUUCUAGUGUUGGCUAUGAAUAUGAGUUUUUGUCUCCUCAAAAAGUUUUUUA